CGCAUCCUUGUCCCGCGCCUGCCUCUGCGCUCCGCUCCCCGCUCCGCUCCGCUCCGCGCCGCGCUCCGCGCCCGGCGCGCCCAGCUCCCCGGCUCCCCUUUCGGAGGGCGGCGCGGCCAUGAGACUGCGGGGACGCGGUCCCCGGGAUGCCCCCGCCUCCAGCGCGGGGGCCGUCGACGCGCGGCGGCUGGCGCCCCCGGGGCGGAACCCCUUCGUGCACGAGCUGCGCCUCGGCGCCCUGCGGAAGGCCCAGAUCGCAGUCAUGACGCUGACGCUCUUCCCCAUCCGGCUGCUGCUCGCUGCCUUCAUGAUGCUGCUCGCCUGGCCCUUCGCGCUCGUCGCUUCCCUGGGACCCGCAGAGAGGGACCCGGAGCAGCCCCUGGCCCUGUGGCGGAAGGUCGUGGACUUCCUGCUCAAGGCCAUCAUGCGUACCAUGUGGUUCUUCGGCGGCUUCCACUGGGUGGCCGUGAAGGGGCAGCAGGCCUUGCCCACCGAGGCGGCCAUCCUCACCCUGGCACCCCACUCCUCCUACUUCGACGCCAUUCCCGUCACCAUGACCAUGUCCUCCAUUGUGAUGAAGGCGGAGAGCAGAGACAUUCCCAUAUGGGGAACUCUGAUAAAGUACAUCCGGCCGGUCUUCGUGUCCCGGUCAGACCAGGACUCCCGCAGGAGGACUGUGGAGGAGAUCAGGAGACGGGCGCAGUCGAAGGGCAAGUGGCCGCAGAUAAUGAUUUUUCCAGAGGGAACUUGUACCAACAGGACCUGCCUAAUUACCUUCAAACCUGGUGCCUUCAUCCCGGGAGUCCCCGUCCAGCCUGUGGUUCUGCGGUACCCAAAUCAGCUGGACACCAUCACGUGGACAUGGCAAGGCCCCGGAGCGUUGGAAAUCCUGUGGCUCACCCUGUGUCAGCUUCACAAUCGAAUUGAAAUUGAGUUCCUCCCAGUGUACAGCCCCUCGGAGGAGGAGAAGAAGGACCCCGCCCUGUACGCCAACAACGUGCGCCGCGUCAUGGCCGAGGCCCUGGGCGUCUCCGUGACCGACUACACCUUCGAGGACUGCCAGCUGGCCCUGGCGGAAGGACAGCUCCGUCUCCCUGCGGACACCUGUCUUCUAGAAUUUGCCAGGCUGGUGAGGGGACUGGGCCUGAAACCAGAAAAACUCGAAAAAGAUCUGGGCAGAUACGCGGAAAGCGCCCGGAUGAAGAGGGGAGGGAAGAUCGAUGUCUCGGAGUUUGCGGCGUACCUGGAAGUGCCCGUCUCGGACACGCUGGCCGACAUGUUUUCCCUGUUCGACGAGAGCGGGGGCGGCGAGAUGGACCCACGGGAGUACGUGGUCGCCUUGUCUGUCGUCUGCCGGCCGGCCCAAACCCUGGACACCAUGCAGCUGGCAUUCCAGAUGUACGGGUCUCAGGAGGACGGGAGCAUAGACGAGGACGCCCUCUCCAGCAUCCUCAAGACGGCCCUAGGGGUGGCGGAGCUCUCUGUGACCGACCUCUUCCGGGCGAUCGACCAGGAGGAGAAGGGGAGGAUCACAUUCGCCGACUUCAGCAGGUUCGUGGAAAUGGACCCAGACUUCGCAGAGGAGUAUCUGUACCCCAACCAGCCGCCUUUCGAGAGCUGUGCACAGACGCCCCCUGCUCCUACCCCCAACGGCUUCUGUGCUGACUUCAGCCCUGAGAACUCGGAUGCUGGGAAGAAGCCUGUGCGUAAGAAGCUGGACUAGGCCAGAAGGUGCUGAGGAGACGAGGCUGCUCCCUGGCGGUCACUGCCCCGCCUCCGCGUGGCCGCGAGCCCAUCCGCUGUGACCACCUCCGGGUUCCACUCUCCACACAGGCUGCACGCUCACUGUCCGCAGGCCCGCCUUCCAGAGACUGGGUUUGUUUUCACGCUGCUUCUCCGUGAGGCACCAGCCUGUGGGG